GGCAUCCACACAGCGUUGCUUGCGGUUCCGCACAUUUGCGUAAAAAAGUGUGCAAUAGGUUCCUCGGCCUCGGCUGGCUGCGAAACGAACAACUCACGUGAAACGUGAACGGCCUGGUAUGGCGGAGUGGACAAAAUUAGUAUUUGGCUCUUAAGAUGGAAGAGCGAUUCCCUGCAGAAGAUGUAAAGCAGCCAGAAAUAACAGUGUUCGAAUUGAACAGCAGCAAUCCGAAUUCACUCGAAAAGAUGCCCGUCGAAAACUCAAGCACCGCCGAACCAAGUGCUAUGCCGAAAGUUAGUUUUGAAAACGUUGAAACAGCCAUCACUGUUGGAGAAGAACACGAAGGAAAAGGGUUCGAAUUGAAUAGCAGUAAUACGAGCACAGUUAAGCAAAAUGCUAUUGAAUACCCUAGUACAACAGACCAACCAUGUACGUUCAAUGCCAGCGUUGAAGCAGCACCCGAAAGUAGUAUCGGUGUGGCCACAGUUGAAAAAACGGACAAGGCAUCAUCCAGUGCGAUUGAAGAACACAUGGAUUCGAGUACCACUCACGAAGGCCCCGAAGAUUGGCCUCCCCACCCACCACCCACCCCCUCUUCCUAG